CUCUCUCUCUCUCUCUCUCUCUCUCUCUCUCUCUCUCUUCCCUCAGCAAAGCAACCAUUUUUACUUCUUGUUUAUUUUUAUUUCUAUUUUAUUUUUUGGGCUGAAUAAAGCAAAACAACCAUAUUUCAUACCUACCAUUCUUCUUCAAUCCCAACUCUCUCUCUCUCUCUCUGAGAAAUUAUCUUUCACCAAAGUCAUAGAAAUAUAUCCCAAAACAUGUUUGAAUUUGGGGAUGAACUUACACUAGAAAGCUACAAAAUUCCUUGGCUUAUAUGGAUCCAACUCUUAGUCCUCUUCCUCCUCAUUUUUCUCCUCUAUGGCUUCAGCCUCUUAGCUUCAGAUCGCUCAGAUAAUUACAGUUCCACUGCUUCACCGUCUACCAGCCAAUUGGUUUCCAAUGAAACCCAGAUAGAGAAGUCAAUUCCAAAGCACAAUAACACGUCAAUUGUUACAAAUUGCUUAGAGACUACCCAGGUUGGAGAGAAUAUUAUAAAAGGAGAAAUAGCAACAAGCACAAGUAGAAUAUUAGUGAGAGGAGGAGAAGACAUUACAGAAAGGGAAGUGCCAUUUGCAACCCAUUUAUUACAUCCUUGCCAUUAUUUCAGGCUUGCUAGAGUAGCAUUUUUAAAGUGUUUAGGACUAGACUCCAGCUCUGAAAAUUCAUCAACACCAGAGCAAAGAAAAAGAAAGGAAAAGAGAUUUAGGAAAGAAAGCUAAUGUAUGAAAUUCACUAUCCAAUCCAUUAAAUACUUGUUGAAAAACACUCAAUUUUAGCUCCAUAAAAUUAUUUGCAUUUGUAGAUAAUACACAUUGUGACUCCCCUGAGAUCGAAAGUGAUUAAUGGGUC